GGAGGCGGCCCAGGGGGGUGGAGGGCGGGGCCGCCGGAGCCCCUCUUCUGUCAGACAACCAUUUUAGGAGUACUGGUCUGGUAAUACCUUUCCCUACCAUUUAGUGAUAACUUUCAGUGGUCCAGAUGAGUGAGUCAGCAUUUCAAGAGGAAGACACAUCUGCUCAGGAAAAUGGGAAUGAAAGCAAAGAAUGGCAAUCAGAAGUAACUGAAGAGGAAGAGCCUAUUGAGGAUUCACAAAGUGUACCAGACAGUUCUGUGCUGGAUAUUGGGAGCAAAGUGGCAGAAAAUGCAGCUGAUGAAAUCCAGUCCCCAGAAUCAAACAUUGAGGGGGAACUAAAAAACCAAAGUGACUCAGUAGAGGACUCUAACACUGGCAUCUCAAAGAAUAUUGUGAUUAGAAAACCUGCAAAAGUGAUUUUCAAUUUAGAUGAAACUGUACUGACACCAACCCUAGAACCACCAUGGAAGAAAAAUCUUCUUGAAAGAAUAGAGGCAAGAGCCCAGGCAAUGCAGCAGAAAAUAAUAGAUAAGGAUAAUAUGAAGAAGGAAUUAAAAAACAAGGCUGAAAAAAAGCUACCUAGGGAUGAUUUGGCCAGAGAAUGGUUUAAUACUGAUAACAUGACCCUGAAUACUCGUGCAUAUUUGCUUGACAAACUUCUACCCACUUUAAUUCCUGGAGUGGAAAAAAUGUUAAUGCAAGUAGAAAAGAAGACUCUUUUGGAGAAAGCCGACAUUCCAACAAAGUUUGAUCCAAUUAAUUAUUUGGGGGAAUACUUAAUGAGAAACAAUCCUUAUUAUAUCAAAGACUCAGGAAUGUCUGGAUAUCAGAGGGUGAUGAAAGAUGUCACAGAACACCUGAAGAUACAUGUUCCCAACACUAUCAGCAACAGAGUGUCCAAGAUGAAGGAAAACAUCAAACAGAAACGAGCACAGAAACAAAGCAUCCAGGAAGUCAAAGUCAAGGUGACUAACACACGGAAGGAGGCCCUGCAGGAACAAUUCGAUGAAUGGAUUCUAGACCCCAAAGGAAUGAUUCCUAUGCUUGUGAUUCAAAAUGCUCUUCAUGAUUUUUUUCAAAGUCCUGAUUUCCAACUUGAACAACAUUGCAAACAAUUGAAUAUUACUGACUCAAUGGAACCAAGACUGAACAAAAUGGAAUUUGCUGAAUAUAUCUCUUUGCAUAUUGAAGACUUUAAAAAUGAAAUGUUUGAGGCACUACUUAAGCACCUUUGCCACUGUGCAGAUGAAUUCAGGGAUGUCAUAAAAACUGACAUGCAGAGGCAGAUGUUUGCUGAGCUCUUCCUAUACUGUGACGGUGGGAAGCUAGGGUUUUUGGAUCGGCAGAGAACAUUGGACUUACUAGAAACAUUCUAUGAUCAAAGUCCAAGAAUGCUUAGAAAUUUACUCCGAAACCCAAGACAAUGGCCAUUCGUUGAAUUUGAAGAGAUAGAUUUGCCUGAGCUCUGGGGAGACAUGGAUAAUCAGAAACACAUUUAUGAAGACUUUGACAAAGCACUCUUAGAGAUGAAUACAUUACUUGCUAAAAAUUAUGUUAGCAAAACCCAAAGUAAAUUGUUAGAAAAUCCAGAUCAACAUGAAUAUGGGAAAUCAACACUACCACAACACCUAUCAGAACAGCAUAGAGUGAUAAUUGGAGAACAAGAACCAAACAUACUUUCAACUCAAGAACUAAAACAAGGCAGAAAGUCAACUGACAAACAAGAAUGGUACAGAAAAUCACUAACAGAACAAGAAUCCCACAUAGGAUCAACUCAAGAGCAAGGAUCAAAUGGAGAGUCAACUAUAGAACAAGGACCACCACAAAGAGAGUCAACUUCAAGACAAGGAAUCCAGAUUGAAUCAACUGCAGAUCAAGAACUUUACAAAGAAUCAAAAACAGCACAAAGGCAACGUAAAAUAUCAACAGGACAAGGACCACAGAGAGGGUCAAUUGCACAAGAAGGAACAAGCAGAGUGUCAGUAACAGAACAAAGACCACAAAGAGGGUCAAUUGUAGAACAAGAAGGACGCAGAGACUCAGUAACAAAACAAAGACCACAGAGAGGUUCAGUUUUAGAACAAGAAACAGGCAGAGAGUCAGUAUUAGAACAAGAACCACACAGAGAGUCAAUUGCAGAACAAAUAUCAGUUCCAGAAGAACAACAGGCCAUAGACUCAUCUGCACAAUCAGGAGUAGAUAGUAUCUUAAGAGAAAAUAAAAAAAGGGAGGCUACUCCCUUUGAGUACAUCGAAAUCCCUCCACAGGAAGAGGGAACUCAGGAGCAAACUCAUGAAAAGGAACUAUUUGUGAAUUCUGAACUGCAAGAGGAAGUUCCAGUAUCUAGUGGAAAAUAUUAUCUUUCAGAAACUGCCAAAAAGGAAGCCCAGGAAGACAAAUCCUGUGAACCCAAGUCCCAAAAAAUAGAAGGAAAAUCAUGGCCAGGUGAACUUUUGACUUGUGACUGGAGAAUGAAGUAUGCCGGAUGUGAAGAUGAGGCUCAGGCAAAUUCAAUCUAUAAUAAUGCCAGGUUCUCAGACCUACACUCAAUUAUCAGAAAUAUUCAGUCUUACAAAGAAGCAAAAGGUAGGAGUGCCUUCAAUGGAGUCUCCUUCAAUCUACUUCAAUUUGUGCAACUCCUGGAGACAUUUGUUGGUGAAGAUACCCCCUUGAGUGUCAGUGAGACUCUCGUAUCCUUUUUUAAGAGGUGCUAUGUUGAAACAAAAGAAGAGAAAAUGAGUCACUUAGAACAGGCUAGACAAAAGACUUCCCAAAUCCGACGGGAACUUCUCCUACAAUCCCUCUUUCAGAAGUGGGACAGUGAUAGCUCAGGCUUUCUGGAUCUGAAGGAAGUUGAUGAACUCUUAUAUACAUACAAGGAGGGAAUGGAGAAAGAAUCUAUGAGAAAAGCUAAACUACAUAUCCAUUUUCCAAAACCACUCCCUGGUCAAGAAGUAAGGCUAUCUGCAAGGCAGUUUCAGAAAUACAUAGAAUUGGUUGUAUCUGAACUUAGGGGCAAUGAAGAUCUUGUUCUGGAAAACAUUGUAGAGUUUCUUAUGUAUAGUUUAGAAAGGACACAUAUUGAGAAUCUCAGAAACUCUGCCAGACGAAAGUGGUUGCAUCAAAUCCAACGUGCUGCUCAGACAAGUGGGGUAUCCCUGGAACCAGUGUACAAUGAGACCUUUAAGGCGCUCACCCAGGAUGCGGAAGCCCAUGGAAAUAAGAAGAUCAGUGCUCACAUUUCCCUCCUGGAAGAAAACCAACUAUUGCCUGAUAGAGGAAAUGUUCUAUUGAGGAAUGUAGCUUGUACUUUAGAUGAUGCUCCAUUUGUACUGAACAAAGUGCUCUACAGGGACAUGGAGGGAAUCAGCUUUACAGUAGUGGAUGAAGGGAAACCAAUACAUGUCCCCCAAGUUCAAUACCAUGGGAACGUCUUUUUCUGGAACCAUACCCGCAAGAAGAGUGAUUGUAAUGGAUCAUUACUGGCUCUACCUCUUCAGGAUGCACAUAUGAGGAUCUUUGGGGUCUUGGCUGUGGACACCCUUAGAGAUCCCAAGAAAAUAAAUAUCUUCCUACCUCAUGAGAUUAGAUUCUAUCAGGGUGUUGCCAAUGUCUUUAGCACUGCCUAUCACUAUGUCCAUAGUCGGGAGCACAUCCUACAUGUGGUGAUCACUGGCAUUGGCUGGCUCUAUAACAUCACAUUUGGUAUCAGUGGCAUUACUACAUACCUCGUUGAGCCUGAUCCAGAACAGGACUCAGACUAUGUCCUACGCAAAAUGAUGGUUACAGGGCACCAGGGUCUAACAGAAAUUCACAAGACUCCCCCUACCAUCUUCAGGAAGACAUGCAUCUUCAGAGAUUUCCUUUUUAAGUGCACAGACAAUUCACAAGUUGUUUUGUCCUCUGUCCACGGAGAAACCCACAUGGUAAUUCCACUUCGUGAGAGAACAGGAGAGGCCCUGGGAGUUCUUGAUUUUAACUUUGGCAAGUGUAAGAUGUUGUCAUAUCAAGAAUUUAAAGAUCUACAGAAAAUGAUGAAGACCACUCAAGCUGCAUGCUAUGAAAUACUGGGCGAAUUAUCUGGAGAAAUAAAGAAAAACUAUAUUUUAGAGAUUGAACAUGUAGGAGAAGUCCAGCGGGCAGGAGUUCUCUUCUUCCGAAUCAUGUUGCAAGAGCUGAAGUUAAACCUCAAACAGCUUAACUACAUGGACUUUGUAUCAUUAGUGAUCUAUGAAUAUAAUUCUCCAGCAAAGCUAAAAAUUGAGCCCCAGGAGUUAGAAGCCCAUGUAAAACUAUUACAAGACAUUCUCAAAGGGGUUCUCUUGUUCUUUCAUCCAGAGUUGGAAUUAUCAAAUGAAAUCAGAAAUUGGGAUAUGUGUAAAUUGUUGGUUAACACAUUCUUAGUGGAGAAAAUUUGUGACUUUGACCCAACUACUGAGCAUGUGGAAAUUAAUUUUCAGCUCAUUGAUGAAUAUAUUAAAGGUCAUUCUCGAAUUGAAGUAUGGAAAGUUGGUAAUAUUGUUAUAGAAUACCUGUACCACUGGAUACACAUCUGUAUAGCUCUAACAAAGCUAAGUAAAAAACUAAAUUGUGGUAUUACACCCCCAUUACCCUCCAAGACUGACUCUUAUAUGUAUGCAAAAAUGCCAGGAGCUCUCUAGGAAAUGCUAAUGGAAUGGAUACUGUAUUUUGGAUACCUUUGUUAUGUUCAGUUUUGUUUGUUAAGUAUAAAACAAUUUUAAUUGCCACAUAGACAUAUUCUGCUCCUAGACAAUUACCUCAGCACUUUCCAAAACCAAAACUGCUACCUAAGGAGAAAUUUGAUCUAAAAAAUGACCUGUUUAGGUAGCUAUAACCACAUGCAUAUUAUUGAAUAUAUUUAGCGUUAGCUUCGUAUCUACCAUGGGACUAUUAUGGUUGAUUGGCUGGUUAUUUUAAUUCUUUUAAGUAGAAAGUAAAGACAAAAGUGGGGAUUGAGAGAAAAUGAGUUUUUACAUCAAAAACAAACCAAAUAAUAAAGGUUUUAAGAAAUGGACUGGGAAUUGUUUUUCUAACUUUCCAAAGACUUAAUAUGAAUACCACGUCUCCCCCUUUUCCACCUCCCACUCUUACUUAACAAUGUAAAAGUCAUUUCAAUGAACAGAAAUUCUUGUGGGAAAAUGUUUGUCCAUGACUCUGGAAGGGGAUAAAAGCAUGCUUAUUUUUAUGAUGAAAACCUCUCAAGUUCAAGAAUUGCAAAAAGAACUUAUAUCUGUUUAAAACUUGUUAUUACAGUAAACUUUACUGCUCUGCUGUGAGAUUUCAUCUUUGCAAUAAGAUGUCUGAUGACAGAGUCCAUUUUUAAUAACAUUUUGGGAAAUUAAACUUCAUUUUCUUUAUUUGGUUGACAAAAUGUGAUGUGGUCCAAACAUCUUAUAAUUUGAGAUUGGCGGUCCCUUUUAACCUUUCCU